ACUCUUUACACAUAUAAACCAUUCAGUCUUGUGACAAAUUCUCUUCUAGACGUUAUAACUGAUCCCGGGAUGGCACCUUUACGAGGUAAGAGCCAAAAUAAUCUCCUGAGAUGUAAGUUCAACUUCUUUAUUUUGAAUUAUAUAUAAUUAAUCUGGACAAUGUUCUGGAUUCGUUUCCUAACGGCGCAUUGGCCAGAUGUAGUAGUCAGUGUCCCACUUCCAAAUGUGUUAACAUUUAGUCAGCUUGUACUUUAUUCACAGGCGCCCCUCCUGUAGGAGGGUCCAAGGGUGUAGCGUAGUCAACCCAAUGGUUUAAUCCGGAUGUCAAAAUACUCUGGUUUCUCUCGUUGAGGCCUUCAGAAAACUGUUUUAACCUGGGGAGGGGGGGAGGGGGGCUUCUUAACACCGCCGCACUCGGCACUGAGAGUCACGCACAUCAAUACUAGACGCAGCAACACUUUAUUAAUUGACAAUGACAACUGUUUAUAUUUAUUCUCGGUAUCCGGGUAUUCGCCGAAAGAUUCCAUUGGUUGAAAUGUGUCCUCAUAAAACCAGAUUUUAAAAAAUUCUUGGUCACGACUCUUAUAUUCACACACUGACUUGUUUUGGCAUGCGUCUCUUGUCAUUCGGCGAAUGUGCCGCCACCAUAAUACAACUCGGGAAACAAUUAACGGACCGAACAGCGGUCAUCUUUACAACGGAGAUUCUCAUAUACCCUUGACGCCGGCCUUAAAUAGCUGCUUAAUCAGGCCCUGAAUAUCUAGAGUUAUAAUCAUGGGGAUAAAAGCUAAACUUUUAUUUUGUUGAAUUCUAUAAGUAGCAACAAGAAUCCUUCUCUGAGAAGAGAAAUGUGCGUUAGUCUCUGAUCAGGUCAUUUUAUCAUCCACUCUAUAAGUGCAAAAGUGGAAGAUAAAAGGGAUUUAACAAACACUACCACUUAUGAUUAAUUUCAUAACAUGAUUAUUCCCCUUGUGAUUUUUAAAAAAUUAUUUAUUUCUUUUUAAGGCAAAACCUUCAAACUCAAUUGAUUUUGCACAAAAAAUAAAUGAAACGAAGGAGAGCUGGGUGGGAGAUUCAUGUGAAGCUGGGGUUAUUCCCACUGAUUAAUCAAAGACUGCAUCUUCUUGAGUGUUUACACAUAUAUGUUUUAUACACUUGUCUAUUAUAUCACCUUUGACCUAUGAGGUACACGCCGUCAACUGUGUGCCUAUUUUUUUUUUUCUUUUAAAUUUACCUAUCAUGUUGGCACAUGAACUGUUCAGGAAUCUGCAUAGUUGAACUGUCCACUUUUCUAAGUAAUUUUUUUUUUUUUUUAAAGUUUUAUUAAAACAAUUUAGAUCUUCUUGAUGUAUAUUACAGUAGCGUGGGAAAAGGCUAUUUCUGAAGUACUAUAAACGCAGGUUUCUCAAGUACUUUAAACACGGGUUUCUUAAGGACUAUAAACAUUCUUUUUUUUUUUUUCUUUUAAUUUUACCUUUCCUGUUGUCACCUUAACUGUUCAGGAAUUUGCAUUGUUGAACUUUCCAUUUUUUUAAGUAAUUUUUUUUUUUUUUUUAAAGUUUUAUUAAAACAAUUUAGAGCUUCUUGAUGUAUAUUACAGUAGCGUGGGAAAAGGCUAUUUCUGAAGUACUAUAAACGCAGGUUUCUCAAGUACUUUAAACACGGGUUUCUUAAGGACUAUAAACAUGGGUUUCUUAAGUAAUAUAAACACAGAUUUCUUAAGUACUUUGAGCGAAGGUUUCUUAAGUACUAUCUCUUAAUAAAAAUGGCGCAAACAAACAAAAGAAAACCAAAUAUCUCUACUUGGAAUAAUGGCCUCUGAAAUUUGAAAAUUUCGAAGUUCCAAUGGAAACCAUGGAGAAUGUCUGGAGCCCGAAUUACCGAAGUCCAUGAAUAAAUGGAUUGAUGGAUUUUCAUCUCUAUAAAAAUCAUCAUGUUUAUUAAAUUGAGAUCAACUCUUAUAAGACUGGUUCUGGCAUCCGUCCGUCACAACGUGACGAUGGUGUAAGACUUCGCAGGACGAAAUCACAGGCCUGGGAUUUGUGUCUUUAGGCGUAUGAGCUGGUUCCCUAAAGAAGCAAAUCGUAUCUCUCCGCGCUCCUGGGUAACCCCAAGGGAACACCAUAUAUGGAUGAUACAGUUUGGUCCGGUAGCGUCACAGGAGGUGCCAAAAUUUUUCAUUGUAGUAAUUUUUUCCGCCUACGGGAGUCAUCUAGGAUUUUUUUUUUUUUUUUUUUUUUUUUAUUUUUUCUUUUUCACUUUUUUUUUUGGUGGGUGUCCUUCAAAGGUUAAGGGGUUACAUCCAACCCAGGUUUUAAUUGUUUUUUUUUUUAAUUUGUUUUUUUUUUUUUUUUUUUUUUUUNUUUCUUAGGUGAGCUGCCAUACAAGGUUAAGGGGUUACAUCCAACCCAGGUUCUAGUGAUGUUUUUAUCUGACUUGGUCUUUUUUUUUUUUCUUUUUCUUUUUUUUUGGGAGGGGGGGGGGGGGGUUUGAACUCAAGAUUGGCAUUGUUUCAGUGAGACAGCCAGCACCCUGAUAAGUCUAUGACACAUUAUUUGAUAAACAUUGUAAGGACGUUAAAGAAACGAAUAAUUUAUACCUAACGUUAAAUUAAAGCCUAAAAUUUGAAAUUAUUUUUCUCUAUCCACAUGUGUUCAGCUGCCGUGUUCAAUGUAUCCAUUUUUCUCUAUCCACAUGUGUUCAGCUGCUGUGCUCAAUUUAUCAAUUUUUCUCUAUCCACAUGUGCUCAGCUGCCGUGUUCAAUGUAUCAAUUUUUCUCUAUCCACAUGUGUUCAGCUGCCGUGUUCAACUUGCCGUGUUAUGCAGACUUGACCCUCACCGUCUGCACCAAUUGCACGUGCACGCAUAAUGUGACCAGGACGAGGGUGUGCUGCAACGAGUGAGCUAACGGCAUUGUUCUACGUAUUUAAAAUUACAUCACUUUGGGUUCUAGCCGUGUUCAUUUGGUUGUUGUAUGUCCCUCCUGUUGCAGAGCUAAAUUCAACCUACGGCUGCCACGCACUUAUAUAAAAUAAAAUUUAUUGAACAAAUAUUCAAAAUCUAAAGAAAAAUUAACAGACAAACAAUUGUUUAUUAUAACCACUUUAGAUGUGUGGUGGUUCGACGCUAUAGAUGUGUGAUCAAAUGUUAUAGAUGUGUGAAUGUUAUAGAUGUGUGGUGUAAUGUUAUAGAUGUGUGGUGCAAUGUUAUAGAUGUGCUAUAAAAUGUUGUAGAAGGGUUGUACAAUGUUAUAGAUGUGUAAUACCAUGUUACAGAUGUGUGAUACAAUGUUAUAGACGUGUGGUACCAUGUUAUAGAUGUGUGGUGCAAUGUUAUAAAUGUGUUAUAAAAUGUUAUAGAAUGGCUGUACAAUGUUAUAGAUGUGUGGUGCAAUGUUAUAAAUGUGUUAUAAAAUGUUAUAGAAGGACUGUACAAUGUUAUAGAUGUGUAAUACCAUGUUACAGAUGUGUGGUGUAAUGUUAUGGACGUGUGGUACCAUGUUAUAGAUGUGUUAUAAAAUGUUAUAGAUGUGUGGUACCAUGUUAUAGAGGUGUGGUGCAUCUUAUACAUGUGUGGUGCACUGCUAUAGAUGUGUAGUGCCAUGUUACAGAUGUGUGGUACAAUGCUAUAGAUGUGUGGUACCAUGUUAUAGAUGUGUGGUGCAAUGUUAUAGAUGUGUGGUGCAAUGUUAUAGAUGUGUGGUACCAAGUUAUAGAUGUGUUAUAAAAUGUUGUAGAUCUGUGGUACCACGUUGCAGAUAUGUUAUAAAAUGUCAUAGAUGUGUGGUACCUUGUUAUAGAUGUGUUAUAAAAUGUUAUACAUGUGUGGUGCAAUGUUAGAGAUGUGUAGUGCCAUGUUAUAGAUGGGUGGUACAAUGUUAUAGAUGUGUGGUGCGAUGUUAUAGAUGUGUGGUGCAAUGUUAAAGAUGUGUAGUGCCAUGUUAUAGAUGUGUGAUUCAAUGUUAUAGAUGUGUGGUGCGAUGUUAUAGAUGGGUGGUGCAAUGUUAUAAGUGUGUGUGGUCUCAUAAUAUUAAUUCCUCCGUGCUCAGACUGGCCGAGAACACCUGGAGUGUCCCGCACGUGCCGCCACCUUACCUAGCGUUUGAAAAAAAUGAAUUUGAAGGGUGUUUCUGGCAGUUUGGUCUUGUGGGUAUAGUGACGCUGCUGUUUGCUGCACUGGUCAUCUACACCCUCUGCAGGUAGGUCUACACCACACAAUCUGUAGGUAGAUCUGUGCCGUCUGUAGGUAAAACUACAUAAUCUGCAGGUAGGUCAUUACAAGCUGUAAGUAGGUCUUAACCGUCUGUAGGGACGUCUACACAAUUUGUAGGUAGAUCUACGCCUUCUGUAGGUAGAACUACACAAUCUGUAGGUAGAUCUACACCGUCUGUAUGUAGGUCUACAAAAUCAUUAGAUAGGUCUACACAAUCUGCAGGUGGGUCGACCCACUCUGUAGGUAGGUCUAAACAAAUCUGUAGGAAGGUUUUCAUAAUCUCCUGGUAGGUCAACACAAUCUGUAGGUAUGUUAACACCGCUCGCAGGUAGGUCAACUUUACCUGUAGGUCGGUAGACGUUAUCAGUAGGUAGAUCAACGUCAUCUUUAGGUAGGUCAACACCACCUGUAGAUGGGUCAACACCGCUGGCUAGGAGUCAACAAUGGUUACCUAUAGUUUUAACGUAAAAUUACUCCCAGGUAAUGACCAAAAAAAUUUAAAAAGUAGGGGUGUGGUGGAACAAUAUUCCAUCCUAGUAUUAAGAGGGUUUUUUUCUUUAAGUUGUUUUUUACCCAGACCAAUUAGGGUCAAACCAUAACAACAUCUAGAGUAUUUGUCUAGCCUAGAAAUCAGGAUUCAGUUUACGCGUUUAGUGGAAUUAACGACUUACUUAGUGAUCAUUUUUUUUUUUUAAAUGUUAACAUUUGAAUGUAUGACUAAAAAAAAACAAAUUAAGUCUAGUUAUAGAGGGUUGAACAAAAACUCCACCAUGUAGCCUUACGAAACAAAAACAUUAAAUCGAUGUAUGUAUAUAUAUAUAUAUAUAUAUAUAUAUAUAAAUUGAAUAAUUCACCUAACUCUUCGCUACAUACCAAUUUUCAGAAACAACAAAAUCUCAAACCAAGACUUUCAAUACUGAUAACAAUAAGUGAAAUGUGAAUCAAAACAGAAGUCCAUUUCUUAUAUCACUGAAAGCAUCUUAUCUUAAUCUUAUAUUACUAUUUUUUUUAGGAACGACAAUGACAUUUUUUUUUAAUAUGUUCUUUAAAUUAUUUUUUUUUUUUAACUACACCUUUCUACAUUUACCUGGCCAGUUACUUCAAUACCUAACCUCAUUUCCACCCCCCCUCCCCCUUCCCAGCCUCCCGCCACGCCCGCGGCUCGCCAAGUCCUUAUCGCUGCUGAGACCAAAGAUCCACAGCAUCCUGAAGGAUGACAACAAAAAAGCCGUGAUCGAGGAGCACCGCCAGGUCACCAGCGCCAACAAGGACGCCGCCCACGGGCGUCAGUCGACCAUCGUGGCGUAUGAACCGAUCACCGUGUCCUGGGAGUCGCUCCCCGCCAGCACCCACGGGAUCCUGACAGACCUGAAGAUGAUCUCAUCGAGCGACGCCAUGCUCAGCCGCCAUUACCCAACGGUUGUUUAAAAACUUGUGAUUUUUGAAAGGCCGCGGAUUUCAUGUUUGUUGUUAUUUCAUACAUUGGUGGGGGUGUUGUUUUAUCUGUAAAUGAAAGCCGUCGAAGUCACGUGACCGGUUCGAUCAUAAUUUAAAUUUGAUUAUCUUUUCUUCUAAAUAUUUCUCAGGAAAAAAAAAAAGUUAAUGUCUGGACAUUAUCUCCCCCAAAACUUUGAAGAUGCUCUUUUUAUUUAUUUAUUUUUUUUAUUAUUAUUUUUUUUAUUUGAGAGAAUUUUUUCAGAGGAUUUGGAUAUGGGUGAUGUGGUUAUUUUAAGGGCAUGGGUGUAUUCCCCCAAAAAAAAUUUUAUGGGAGAAGGGGCUUUGUAAAUGACAUCGUUGUGGCGUAAAUAUUUGUAGUAAGUCGCUAUGCCACGGAACACGAUGUCAAAUACAUGUCGAUUUCAAUUAUGGUUGAUAGACAUGACAUUGGUCUGUUGUCAACAUAGUGCCUCUUUAUUUUUACAAACAGGAAGUGCGCCAUGGUUAGAUAAAUUAUGGUAUCGGGUUUUCCCCCUGACAAAACUACUACACUGUGCGGGAUAGUCCACCCUCCUCCUCCUCAUCCUCAUGUCCCAUAAGCCUUGGACCGUUGGGGCGCCACAGAUGACAUGUGAACCAUCCUCCUCCAUUCCUCUCUGUCUUCAGCGCUACGCACUGCAUCGUCCAGUGUUAGUCCUGCCCACGCUUUGAUGUUAUCCUCCCAUCUUUUUCUUUGUCUUCCUCUUCUUCUCCCCCCUCUUGCGGUGCCCUGCAAUAUUUCUUUGGCAAGCCCUUGUUUCCUUGUUACGUGGCCGUACCAUUGUAGUUUGCGUUUUUUCACAGUCACCAGUAGGUCAUCGUACUCCCCAAUUGCCUGACGAACCCUUUCUUUUACUGUAUCAUUUAGUCCACCCUAGAGCCACUUAAAGCGCCCGUUCUCUAUAUCAACAAAUGAAAAGCUUCGCCUUUGAUACGUUUGUUAUAUACAGCUUGUAUGUUAUACAUCUUUUCAAUUCUCUUUUUCCACAGCCCCCACAGUCACACGCCAGCUCCGCGGUACACUCCGCAUCACUGGUAAAGGAGUGAAAAUGGCUCGUC